AUGUCAUUGCUCAGUCUCCUUCUUGAGAUACAGCUCGAGGUAUUAUCGUACUGUUCGAUUGACGAUAUAUCCUUUCUCUCAAUCUCAUGCCGCACUCUUCAGACCGUGUGCGAUUUGGAAAACCGGGAAAAGUUUCAUGAAAUUAUCAUACACUGUGACGAUGAGAGUAGAAAUGCGGCAUUUGACUUGUUGAUGGCUAUUUUGAAACAACCAUACCUGGGUCAUUAUGUACGCCAUAUCGAGUGUCGCGACCCAAUAUCCAUUCUUGAGAUCUACCCACAGAGAGAUCACCAACGCGAAUUGGGCGACAACGAUUUGAGUCUUUUGCGAGAUGCAGUUGGAAAUGCGGGGUUCACGGGCUCUAAGCAGGACCAGGUGCUGAACAUGCUCAUGCAGCAAACUGCAGCGAAUACCAUACGCAAGGAGGGAGAAAAAGAAGAACAAUACGAUGAUGAGUAUGAUGAUGAUGAGAGAGAGGCUAGAGAGUGGAAAGCCCGCGGUAGUUUCACCUCGCAAGCUUUGACGGCUCUACUCAUUACUGUGUCUCCAAAUUUGAUGUAUCUGGCCACUAUAGAUCCCAAAGGCGGCCGCUAUGAUUUACCCACCGAAUGGCCGCUCCACGAGCUCCUCUAUCAAACAAAUUCCGAUGCUAAAAACAAACCAUUCCUACGCAAUCUUCGCAAAGUACACAUCAUUAGAGAGGGUGAUCAUAAGUGGGACAACCAACGCCUCAAUAAUCUUGUGGUUAAUGACCUCAUCUCUGAUACGACAUGCUUUAUACGCUGUUUUCGUUUGUUUGAUACGUUCCUGUCUAUCGAAUGUAUCAGAACCGAGGGUAUGUUCGAAAUAUGGGACAUGUGGCCGACCAUCAGUGAACAAUCUGCAAUUGUUACCCGAUCUAAUGUGAGCAAAUUCUCAUUGCCUUCCUCCUCAGUCAGUUCCACAAAUCUCGCGGUGAUGAUAUCGGCAUGCAAGGUUCUCCGGGAAUUCCAAUAUUCCCAUGGCGGACGGAGCAAUCAAAGAGGACACAUUUCUUUCAACAUCAAGACGUUCAUUAAAGCAAUAUGUCCACACAAAAAUACACUAGAGGUUUUAAAUCUUGAUGUUGACUAUGCAUGCAACUCUUCACUUUGCUUGCUAGAAGAAGGCAGACUGUCACUAGAUGUGACACCCGGUGGUCCACUUGAACCCCUUGAUCCAGACGGGUUCGAACCAACUCUUACAUUUCUCCAAUCGAUUUGGAAAAAUAGUGGGUCACUAAAGGACUUUGUGGCACUGAAACGAUUGGGCAUGGGGAUUCAAACUCUAUUGUACUUUGCUAAAGGUGUCCAUGAAGGUAUCGGCGAAAAGAAUGGAAAGGCCGUGCUUGCAGAAUGUCUACCGGAUAACCUGAGUUUUCUGUGUAUUCAUGGAUAUGAAAGAGGCAAGAACAGCGAGUGGGACACACAGAUAGACGCGUUAAAAGCUUUUCAUGCUUCGGGGUCAUCCAACUUAAUAGAGAUCAGUGGCAUCGAUGAGCAGAUUCCCAACUCUCCUUAA